AAAGGCUUCAACUGAAGCCGCGCAUUUCUCGAACAUUUUGUGCAUCAUACAGCAGUGGACGAACUCAGUGCCGGCCGAAGCAACCGUUUCUUUAACAUUCCGAACUCAUCAAUCAGCCAAAGGAGACGGCAUGAAAGAGUUUUGUACGCUGCUCAAUGAGAUUCGAAAUUCCACCGUGAUGGAGCUAAGUGGCGAUCUGAACAAAGUGGCGCUCAUUCUCAACAACACGAACCGGUAUGUUCGUUCCUUCGACAAUAUCAUCUUCGAUGGCGGUAACGAACCGUACAUCAUUGAAAUAGUCGCGCGGCUGCUGCGGUUCCUGCGGCGGCAGAACUAUCUCGAUGAGCACAACAAAGUAAACGAGCUGUGCGUGACACAGCUGCGCCAAAUAGCUAUGUACUUGUUUCUCAACACGGAUGUUUCGUUCCGUUACGACCUGUCCCGAGUGGUGCAUGUAAAGCACUUACUGAACACAGCGCCGCAGUUGAGCAAGUGCCUGCUGUUGAAUUGCAUCUGGGGGCUCGAUCUGGAUCGGUUCCUGUACGAGAUCGUGUCCAACACACCGCUCUGGUUUUCGAUGCAGUUUCUCGACCAGACCAUCAGUAGCCUUCGGUACGCCAAACCGUACGAGGUGCUCGAGCGCACCGAGUCCCUGGUGCGUUCCAUCUGCUUCGCCAUCUGUCGCACUGACUGCGAUUGGCAGAAGAUCGACCGGAACCGGUACGUGGACCAUCAGCGAACACUGAACAAAAUGUGCGAUCACGUCGCAGAGCUGCUCUGCUUCUACAACACGCCCGAUUCCUCGAAGUUCCAGGGCUGGUCCAAGGUAAGGAAGCACACCUAUUUCGGCUAUGUUCUCUGGCAUCUGUUCAAAAUGGUACUAGCUGGCUUAAAGUUGAAUGAUUGUCGGCCCCAACCCAAGCCACUGGACAGCUCGAUGGCAAUGUACGAGCUGGUGAUCGAACCAGACCGCUACAAUACACCAUCUGCUCCACCGGUAUCGGCACUAUACUCGGGGCCGACCGAACAGGCACUGAUGAAGAUCACCACUUGCCUUCUCAAUACGCUGGAAACCUGUAUCAUGCAUGUGAGCAUCGAGCGGUUCAUCUGCUGGGCCGAUAUAGAUCUGUUCACAAACCAGGAAACCGGAACGCUACAGCAGCUGAUUGGCGAAUCGGCGUAUCGCGUGAGCGAGCUGCUACUCAAUAGCAAGAACAAUCGCCAGCAUAGCAUCCUCACCCAUCUCGCACAGUUCGCCCAGCGCCCGAGAACGUUGGCUGAGCAGGCAUCAACGAUGACGCUUGGGCAACUGAUGACUAAAAUCGAGGAAUCGGCCACGGCAACCCAGCGAACGGUCUAUUUGAAUGAGUUCGUCAAACGCGGCGAGCAAGUGCUCGGUAAUGCCGAGUGUUUGGCGGUGUUAAGCCAACACAAGGCACUGCUUACGGGCGGACACGUUCGCCUGAUGAUUGAGUACGAUACGCGGGACACGGUCGGCGACGAAAUGAUGGACGAGGACGAUGUGCCCGACGAGCGUAUUAAGCUGCGCGAACUUAUCCUCCUCAUUGUACCGACACUCCCGUCGAGACAAUUCCACUCGCUGGUCACCUUCACCAUCGAUACCUUCGGGACGGAUUUCGAUCGCUACAAGCAGGAGAACUUUUCCGUUAGCCUGGUCGCUUUCAUCAACCGUGUGGGUUCUGCCUCGAGUGAUUGUGCAGCCGGUCGGACCAUGCAACGCACCACCGGUGCGAUGCUGCAAUCGCUCAUCUUCCAGUGUCCCACCUCCAUUUUCGCUAAGCUUGUCAACUUUGUCCACGAGUUGGAAGGGCAGGGAACUGAAUUUUACGUAGAUGCCAUUAUCGCCAUUAUCGAACGGCAACGGCCGAUUGCUGCACGCUACAUAUGGCAGCAUCUGGAGUCGCUGCUCGUUACCGAUCUCACUAUCGGCAAAACAAAAGCCCUGAAAUACUUUGCCCAACGGAUUUAUGAGAUCGAACUGUAUGAACGUGAGGCCUUUUACCGACAGCUGCUGCUACGUGGCAUUGAGAAAGCAUAUGAAGCCCGAAAUUUGCUGGCACUGGAAGAGCUCCUAUCGCUGUUCAACUGCACCUGGUGCAAGCUGCUUACAGUUUAUCGAGCACCCAGCAAAGAGAUGGUACGCAUUGUCGCCAAGGAAACCGCCGUUCAAUUAGGACAGUUAUCUACUGAUCUACGCACUGGUCUGGUGAACAGCAAUCCCAACGGGAUCAAUGCACUUUCGCUGGCCAUAGAGCUGCUCGUACCAACCCUUUCGGUACUAGAACGUCUCUGCAGUGCAGCGGAUAACGAGAAUCUGCAGAAAAUCGCAAAGAGUGACUGGCCCUUGACCACACAGUACUACUUCCAGGAAUACCUCAAACCGAAGGACCGUUCCGGCGAUUCGGAACAUACAAGCAAAUCGUUUGCCGAGUUUAUUUACGAUGAAGAGCUGGUGCCGAAGGUUUCGAAUGACAAUGCCAUUCGGUCCUUCUUAGUACGGAUGCUCCCUCAGUGUGUCGAAAGCGAAGCUCUUAUUUUGGCGCAGGACGAGAUGCUGCGCCCACAGUUGUUCAACGCAGUCGAGAUACUGCUGGACGAGUGGCUGAAGCGAAAGCAAGUGGAAAGCAAUCUCUAUUUCCCGAUACAUUGGCUAGCUAACUACAAUGCCUGUCUGAAGGUACCCCUCCGCUCUUCUGAUAUCGUGGGAAGCGACCAAAACGGUCGGAACCGAACCGAAUGCCUAGCGCUCAAGAAAACUUUCGUUGAAAUGGUGGACAGAUUUGCGAAGAACUUUGAUGAUAGUGAUGCGGAUAAUCAUCAGGUGUACAAGUUACUAGCUGCAGUCGAACAGGAGUUGGCAAUGCUUGAACAGUAAAUCGGUUUUCGACGAAGACGCGAACGUUCUAUUUCUUAAAUCCUUUCCAUACUUUCACGGCUUCUGCAAACACCUCUCUCUGGCGCAGCGUACAAAGAGAAUUGGGCUAUCAAAUUGUUAGUGUUGAUCCUCUUUCUUUUCUUCGCUUUCUUAAUUGUUCAUGUCCGCUUGAGAUUAAAGGAAAAAAUAAACUCAUCUUUUUUGAAGAAA